CUUCUCGUCGAUGGUGUAGUUUAGCCGGAGAUGUUUCACGGCAAUGUCGCUUCUCAGCUGUUUUCGCGUUCUGAUCGCAGCGGUGUUCAUAUUAAUCGUAGUCAAUAUUUUGAUAGCCCCAUGAUUCAACUUCGGUAGUUAAUUAACAUCGUUCGUAUUGUUAUUUUUGGAGAAUCCAUCAACCAAUCCCCCCUUCGCCUUUUCGGUCUGAAACCCUCUCGGCAAUUCUCGAAACCAUGUGCUGGUGUCUGCGGGUCUAUUGGACAGUUUUGCAUAAUUUAUUUGUUCGUUUUCUGGAAAACCUCACAAACGCCUAUUACAGUGGAUUUUGUUGCGUUAAAAAACGAAAACCAAUCGGUGAGACGAAAGACAAUGAUGAUUUGUCACCGAAUUUUGAUGAUUAUAUCAUCGUUAGUGAUCUAGACUUAGAGUACUAUGUAAUUCCCACCAAGAAAAUAGAAACUGAAGCUUACUAUCGUACUGUGGAUCGAAAGGCUGCUGAAGAACUACUGACAUGUCAUGAAGAUGGAGCCUGUCUAGUUCGUCCUUACAAAGAACAAGAUAUCUCAAUCAAAUACGUUGUCACAGUUUAUGCCCAACAAAACUAUUUCCAUUUGUACAUUCGGAAGAUACUCGGUACCGAAAUGUAUGGCAUUGGUCAAGCCAAACCCUGUGAAAAACUUUUUAACGCACCAAGUGAUAUUAUCGACUAUUAUAGACUUAACCCACUUUUAUGUACAAAUAAGAAAAUUAGUAUAAGUCUUAAGCUCAUACCAAUAUCGUAGAUACAAAUUACAAUGAACUAAAAAAAAAGAACUUAUUUAAUUAAUUGUUUAUAAAUGUAGAAUUUCUUUACAACAUAAAAUUAGAUUUAAAAUUAUUUUGUACAAAUUUGUUAUACAUGUAUUGCAUUUUAUAAU